UCAUAUCGAUUUAUUUUUCUGCGUAUACAGAACGUACUUUCAUUUCGUUGUUUUCCAAAAAAUAAUUUAUUUAUAUACUUGGAGAUAUUUAAAUCGGCAAAAAAUGUGUCGUUAAAUAAGAGUGAAUCUAAAAUUAUAGACGACUUCCCCAGCAAAUAUAUAAAAAGGGCAAUCACGACAAAAAACCAAACAAGGCAAGCGCUUUGAAAAUAUUUGGUGAGUCAUGGAGGAUCCGAAUCGCAUGUUGGCUCACACCGGAGGCAUGAUGGCGCCACAAGGAUAUGGUUUGUCUGGCCAGGACGAUGGUCAAAAUACUGGCAACGAAAACGAGGUGCGCAAGCAAAAGGACAUUGGAGAGAUAUUGCAACAAAUAAUGAGCAUUUCGGAACAAUCGCUUGAUGAAGCUCAAGCCAGAAAACAUACGCUUAACUGUCAUCGGAUGAAGCCGGCACUCUUCUCUGUACUGUGCGAAAUCAAGGAGAAGACUGUCCUUUCAAUUCGCAAUACUCAGGAGGAGGAGCCGCCAGAUCCUCAACUCAUGAGAUUAGACAACAUGCUUAUUGCCGAGGGCGUGGCUGGACCUGAAAAAGGAGGUGGCGGAGCGGCAGCAGCAUCUGCGGCUGCAGCCAGCCAAGGUGGGUCCUUGUCUAUAGAUGGUGCAGACAAUGCUAUAGAGCAUUCCGACUACCGUGCUAAGCUAGCGCAGAUUCGUCAAAUAUAUCAUCAAGAAUUGGAGAAAUAUGAGCAGGCAUGCAACGAAUUUACCACGCAUGUUAUGAAUCUUUUACGUGAACAGAGUCGCACGAGACCUAUUACACCAAAGGAAAUUGAACGAAUGGUACAGAUCAUACACAAAAAGUUUAGUUCCAUACAAAUGCAGUUAAAGCAGUCGACCUGUGAGGCUGUUAUGAUUCUUCGUUCGCGUUUCUUAGACGCACGUCGUAAGCGCCGGAACUUCAGUAAGCAGGCGUCAGAAAUUCUCAAUGAGUACUUCUAUAGUCACUUGAGUAACCCAUAUCCAUCCGAAGAGGCCAAAGAAGAGUUGGCACGAAAAUGUGGCAUAACAGUCUCUCAAGUAUCCAAUUGGUUUGGCAACAAGCGAAUUCGCUAUAAGAAAAACAUUGGUAAGGCACAAGAGGAGGCCAAUUUGUAUGCGGCUAAGAAGGCUGCAGGUGCUUCACCGUAUUCCAUGGCUGGUCCUCCUAGUGGGACAACCACACCCAUGAUGUCACCCGCUCCCCCGCAGGAUUCAAUGGGCUAUCCAAUGGGCUCGGGCGGUUAUGACCAACAGCAACCGUACGACAACAGCAUGGGUGGAUAUGAUCCCAAUCUUCACCAGGAUCUAAGCCCCUGAGGAUCAGGGCUGUGAACCACUCCGAAUCGGAGACUCCCUCAUACAGUUGCGGUCAAAAUAACUUCACUGAAAAUCUAACAUGCAGUUUCUUCUUAAUUAUGUUUUCUUAGGGCGCUUGUAAGAUGCACUCUUAAAACAAACUACAGUUUAUAUUUGCUCUUUUGCUAAGUCCAACAAUUCUGAAAUUAAUAACUUGUUUAAUUCUGCUUCCUUUUUUUUCUCAGUCAGUUAAGAUUAAAAUUCCCGUAAAUUUAGAUAUAGUUCAGAUAGACAUACGUAAAUAGAAUAAAAAUAAUUUGUAAUUAAAUUCUGUUCGCUAGAUUUUAAAUUGAUUUCUGAAUGGCAAGUCUCCGGACAUCAACGUGAAGCUAUUCAACAAUUUAAGCAGGAUAUAGCCAAAUCGAGAUAUCAUUAUCUCGUAAAUAUCAUGUUAUCAUUAAGCAACUUGAUCAAGUAUAUGCUUCUUUUCAUUAUUGAUACAAAUGUGAACACGUUUGCAACAUGUAAACUGUAAAAUAAAUAAAUACGUAACUUUUGUCUUAAGCAAGUAUAUUUUUUGGCCAAACUGGAGUUACGUCAUAACAUAAAUUCUUUAAAUAAUUAUAAUCAAUGCAGAGACUUCUGUAGGACACAAUUAGUAUAUAUAUUAACCAUUGAAAACAUAUUCAAAGAAACUCAAAUUAACUUAUAGUAUACGAAUAUUUUUACAAAGAAUGGAGGCAUGAUUUUUAGUGCUUUUACUUUGACUGCAGCUGUGUAUAAAUAUAUUUUAAUACAUUUACCUAUAUUUGCGGGUAUAUACAAAUAUUGCAUGUGUAAAUCAUACUAUGACGGUUCUUUUUGGCUACAUUACGUAUACGACAGCAAAAUAGUGUUUACUAAAUUUAAAUCUGUACGAAAUUUUUAACUUGAACGAUACGAAACUAAACCAUGUAUACGAUGUAUAUCAAAUAAAUAAAUAAUACAUGUUGUUGUUAUCCGCA